AUGGCUUUAUGGUCAAAAAUCUCUUCAUUUUCUUCCACAACAUCUUCAGACCACCAUCAUCAUAAUCAAAACAAUACAUCUUCUUCUUCUUCUUCUUCUUCUUCAAGUAGCAGUUCAUCAUCAUCAUGUUGUGGGUUAUCAAGAUUGAUGAGGAAACUGAAGAAACAAAAGAGAAUGCUGUGUCCUUCUACAAGUAGGCAAUCAUCUUUCCAGUGUAGGUAUGAUCCAAUGAGCUAUUCGUUGAACUUUGACACCAGUGGGGCAUCAGGAAGCAGCAUUUUGGAUGAUGAUUAUUACAAGUUCUGUGCUUUUUCUUCCAGGGACACCCAUGAUGUAUGUGAGCUGAUUGGAAACAGAGGUCAGAGAGGCCUUAAUUAUGAAUGUUACAAUUGCGGAAGGGUCCAAGUGACACUGGUUACAGUUGGAAACUCUUCAAGCACCCGAUGGACGUGCGGAAAGAGGCGUUGUAGGCGUGGAGUCGUCCCCCACUAGACUAGGCUAGUAGUAGGUCCCCCUCCCCCAGACUCAAACAUGUAAUACCCUCCCACUAGACUAGGCUAGUAGUAGGUCCCCCUCCCCCAGACUCAAACAUGUAAUACGAAAGGUGCUUGUAAGAAUUGUAUUAAAAAAAAAGGACUUGUUGUGAAAUUGAGUUGACUUGAAGUCAAAUUAAAGAUGACCAUAUGAAGGGGGACCCCCUCCUCCAGACUCAAACAUGUAAUACCCUAGGUGCUUGUUUAAAAAUUGUAUAAAAAAAAAGGACAUGUUGUAAAAUUGAGUUGACUUGAAGUCAAAUUAAAGAUGACCAUUUGAAAGGGG